AAUCCAUGAGUUUUACAUGCCUUCUGCUAAAACGCUCAUAGUACUUGUGCAUCACUCCGAUUUCUUCAUUCCGCGAGUAGUCUGUGAUACCCAACCUUCGUAUCAGAGCAUGCACAUCGGACAGUCCGUUAGAAACGUUCUGCUCUUUUGACCUUAUAAGCUGUAGGUGCGCGUAAUUCAAAGGUCUUGCUCUGUCCCGAGUCCUCGUACACGCGCCGUUGCAUCCAGGUGGAGGAAUGGCCUCUACAUCUCGAUCGGACGAGGCAGAGUCAUUGCGAAAUCUGGCUCCUCACGUUAAGCAGCUGCUCGUACGCUUGCUUCGAGUGCAGUCCUGGGCGAGGAAGGCUGUAGUCACCUGUACAAAUGAUGCCGACGAAUGUUAUAAGGAGUACUCAAAUCUAUUGUGGAAAUCCAAAGAUGUUGCUGGGGAUAUACGCACGGCAGCUAUCGACUUCAUUCAUGCGGUACUCAAGGAGAUUCAGGACCCGAAAAUCGAUCGCCAAAUGAAGUUCAAUGUGCUUGAUAAGUGGGAACAGAGCAUGCAGCCGAAGGUCCAGACAUCGAAGGAUUUACCAGGAUCAUUUCAUAACCUAGGAUCCAAAGUUCUCGCACUGUCCGAUCACAUACGCUCCGCUACCCACACUGAUCUUGAAGCGAUAGAUCACAAUAUCAAGACCAAGACAGACGAACUGAACAACUUGUUUACCGGACCACAAACUCACCAACAGCCUUCCAAAAUACUCGCCCGCUUCCAGUCAUUAGUUACUCUUGUGCGGCUGCUCGUUACAGCGAGACCCUCAAAGUUGGAUAUUCCGGUACAAUCCCCGAGGAGAACAGCACCCCAAUCUACGUCGCCUCCUAUUCAAACCUCUGCUGUUCAAUCGGCACUUCCAGCAAAGAGCAAAGACUCUAGUGAUGCCUCUCAUCUCGCUAAGAAACGCAAGAACGCACUACAAAAGGAUAUACGCACCUUGUCCAAACGACGACGUCAAUUAGAAAAGAUACUCCCCGCCAGAGACAAGGGUGCAGAGGACGUGAGGAGUGUUGGGACAGAUAUUCAAGACCUCUCACCUCGCACAAGUAUUUUCAGCAGCAUCUACACCUCAAUGUUCUCGGAGAUAGAUUCCUUCAAGGAUUUCAUCCGCACGCAUGCGAACGUAAACGAUGCUGUCAGUGGUGUUCGCUUUGACGUGGAGUGCUUUCCAUACCUCAUUGCCUUUUGUUUAGAUCUUUUCGACGAAGAUACAAUCACUAUGUGCGAUGCUUGAUGAAUACGCAAAGAUGAUGGAAGCGUAUCAAAAGUUCUCCUGACUCUCGUAUUUGAAGUGGCAGACCCACCAGUCGUUCAUCACCAUGGGUCUCACUUUGCUCUUGAGUCUGUUUCGUGCCGUCCCAGCAUCCGUCGCGAUCUUUGUGUACUCGAGUAGGCCUUAUGUAUCGCCACAAUGACGAUCUAGGUUAUAUGUGUGCACCCGUGAUGUAUUGAGAUUAUAUUGCUGCUAUGUCGGCUUCCAUUGG